AUGACAACGUUUCCAAAUGGUUGCGGAAAUGGCACCACCAUUACUUGUAUAGUUAUGGAGAAUAAAGAGCCCCAAAACAAAACUACCUGUGUCAGUCAUAAUGGGGGGUACAGCACCAGCAACAAUCAUGAGGAGGAAAUUCAAGAGGAUAAACUCAGUCCUUCCAAAAUCAUGCGCUUUUUCACCACCCCUCGGAAAAGGGCGAACUCCAGCUCUGACAGGCCUCGUUCUCUGGUUUUGAUGGGCAACACAGCCACAUGGAAUGCUUUGUCUUCCAUCAGAAAAAUGGGAUCUUUCAAGAAGUUGAAAUCUUCAGUUCUCCAAGGAAUUCAAACAAGGGAAUGCUCAGACAUCUUAAAUGAGAAUGGCAUAGGCAAACAAGGUUCAAACGGGGCGGUGGUGCAAGUUCAGACUAACAGGUAUUCCUAUUCGGGGCCUCUGCAGGAUUUCCAGAACGAGGUGGAUGGUUUAGGUUCUGACUGCUCUGAUGCAGAGGAGAGCGAUGAGUCUUUUCUGAGGAACACUCACCGCUCACGCAGCAUCCGGCGGGCUUAUGGUGCUGGCCGCAUAAACUUGCUAGACACGGAUAAAGUUCCGAGUCAUCACAACUGUACAAGGCCAACAUCGCCUGUUAUCGCAGAGCCAAAGAUCUGUGAAAUCUUGGUGAAAGACUCUGAAAACAACAGGGUCAUUUAUCGGAGAAGCAAAAGUUCGGAUAAUUUGAACUUUCUGAAAAAAAGCUCAUUCAAACGGAAGUCCACCUCAAACCUUACCGACCUCAAGGUAGCAAAUGAGAAACAGAUGCCAAGCAGGACUGUGAGUGAUACUUCUGCUGACUCGGACAAAACCUGUGGGAAUCCUGAGAGGAGAUCCAAGCGGUGGAAGAGCCCUAUCAGGGCAAAGGAUUUUGACCGAGUUUUGAAACUGGUCAGUAACGUUUCAGAUGUUGCAUGGAAGAAGGAUGGCCCUAAGAGCACAGCUCCUUCUCCCACUGAGCAGUCCCAGAGAACAAGGUCAAACAGCAGACUGCACGAUGACUACUCCCGCAGGGUUUCCAGCAGCACAGAUCAUGACAGAAAGAGAUGCACCUCCCCGGUAUCUAGUCCAGACACUUCCUUGCCAGGAACACCUUGUCUACAAAGCCCUGCAGUUGCUCAGGAAAAAAAGGUUGAAAUGAAUGUAGCUGUUUCUGAAGACAAAAGCCUCGGUACGUCAUCAGGUGUCCCAGACUCUGACAGCGUAUCACCCACACUGAAUGACAUUAGUCCAUUUCCCAGUGAAGUGUUCUAUUCAGACUCGGAUGAACCAAAAGCUACCCAGCAGUUUACAUACAAAGCUGAAAACACUCAUGUUCCGGUCAGGCCGACCACUCCAAAGCCUCAAAGUCCUACUGUAGAGAAGGUCAAGUGCAAUAUGAAUUUACAAUGCCCAGACCAUCACAGCACAUUGUCACUGAGCUCAUCGGAGAGUGAGGAGAGAGUCGAGGUACCUGGGCUGAAGCUGGGCAGGAAUCCUGUUUGCUUCCAGGACUCGGUGCAAACCGUAUACUAUGAUGAUGGAAAUGAAGACAGUGGCAUAAGCAGCCACUCUCAGCUGAGUCUCAAUUUAACUUCUGGUGCUGAAGAGAAAAAAGAAGAG